AACACCGCUGUCACCAUCGCGCGAGCUCCUCUCUUUCACAGGCACGUUGACCCAAGAAGCAUUCAAAGCAAAAUCCCAAUCCAAUCGAAGGCAACUACCUAAUUGAACUGCGAAGAACCAAGUCACACUGAAUGAGACUCUGAAGAACAAGAAAAUGGAGGAACCUCGCGGAACGGAGUCGACCAACGGCGUGCACGAGAAGAACUGGCGGCGCCCGGAGGAUUACACUCUUGACGGAGUCCUUCACCGUCUGUUUACGAUGAUCUUUCACCCCGAUACCGAUAGCAGCGACGCAGCUGCUACUUUUCGUCAGCGGAUCAAGAAUUCUCUCUCCGAGAACGGUCCUCUACUUCGUGAGGCGACGACAAACACUGGUCGCACUGUUCUUCUCUGGACCCGUGGAGGAAGCCCUCUCCGUGCACUCUUAGUCAUCUCUGUUGGAACUAUUGCUCUACUUGCCUUGACAGGAUUGCUUGUCUUUAUGCUCUUCUUUCUGGCAGUCACUGUAAAUGCUGUUGUUAUCUCCCUUCUUGUUUCGUUGGCGGCUGUUGGAGGCUUCUUAGCUAUUUUCUUCACAUGUGUAACAGCUAUAUAUAUUGGGGCAUUGUCAGUUGCUGCAUUUGUUAUCUCUGUCGCAACAAUUUCAGCAAUUGUGGCUUUUUCAAUCGCUGCAGGCUGGAUCGGGUUCUUCUGCAUGUUGUGGUUGGCAACUAAGAAGAGUGUGGGCCUUGCAAAGCAGUCAUUGAACAUGACUAGUUCGGCAAUUUCAACAUCCUCUUCUGCUAGGAAUGCUCGCUAUCAUCCUGAACCCGCCAAGGUAGAUUGAAAGGUAACUGUGAGUUGAAGCCGUACAUGAUAUCUAUCCAAUAGAUGUACAUAUAUGUUUCUGUUUUUCCAGAGCCUUUGUGGAUUCUUGUGGCCUUGUUUGGUUGUUGUUUCUCUAUAGUUUUGAGGGGCAUGUUUGAGUUAGAUGCUGUAGGAUCUGAAACAUGGAAAAUCCAUAAUAUAUCUUGUUAUUCUGGUUUUCUGGGAUAUUGAUUCUGCUAUGCAUCAAUUAAAUUGCACAAUAAGUUUGCUUGUUAUUGGUCAUGAGUAAAACAUGUUCCAGAUCUUGUAUAUAAAUAAGAUAUUUGCUCUGUGGAAUAAAUAACUUUUGGAUGGA